AUGUCAUCACAUCCUAGUAAGUCUACAAAACGUAGAAGGUUUUUGGAAGACUUAGAGGUCACUAAUGUGUAUAUUGAAAAUCCAAAUCAGAAUUCUGUGCUUUUUGAUAAUAUUUUAGAAACUCAAAAUACUACAAGUGAAUUAAUUGUACCUGACAAUAGUGUUAUAAAUAUUAUAAGUGAUUUAAUUGAACCCAGUAGCCCUUUAAUUGAUAAAAGUAAAAAAGUUACAUAUGCAUCUUGUAAUAAUUCUAGUACACUUGAAACUGUUGAAGAUGAUUUCAUAUUAAAUGUAAGUUCAACUGAUUCUGAUGAUGGAGAUGAAACUAUUUUGUCAGAAUAUUUUACUGAUGAUAGAGAUCCUAUUUUAAAAAUGUUAUGUCACUGGGCAGUUUCAUAUAACAUAACUAACGUAGCUCUUUCUGAUUUAUUAAAAACUUUGAAAAAACAUAAAUGUUUUAAUUUUUUUCCCGAGGAUGCUAGAACAGUUCUUAAAACCAACAAACAUAUUGACACUAAGCAAGUCCAAGUCAUUACACCAGGUAUAUAUUAUCAUUUUGGUACAAAAAUUGGUUUAAAAAGUUUGGGUGAUUGGUCCCAAUUUCAUGAUGAAACGAUAAAAAUUGUAAUUGGUAUCGAUGGCUUGCCAUUAACAAAGAGUUCCCAAAGUAGUUUUUGGCCUAUUUUAGGAUAUGUACGUAAUUUUCCUGGAAAACCUAAAAUAUUUUUAGUUGGUUUAUAUUGGGGUAAAGAAAAAGCAAAGGAUAGUAAUUUGUUUUUAAAAGACAUGGUCGAUGAAUUUAAGGAUCUAUAUAAAAUUGGUUUUAAAACCCCCCAUGGUACUAAAAAAGUAGUGAUAGAACUUUUUUGCUGCGAUGCCCCAGCAAAAAGCUAUAUUUUAAAAACUAAAGGGCACAGUGGUUUCUUUUCGUGUACUAGGUGUAAUGUUGAAGGAGUCUAUUUAGAUAAUAGGGUGUGUUUUCCAGAUAGAGAAUUUAUUAAAAAAACUCAUUUAGAUUUCAUCAAUCGUACACAUGAAGAAUAUCAUGUGACCGAUAGUGUAUCUAUUUUGACAGAGCUCCCAGAAGUUGAUAUGGUUUAUAGUUUUAGUUUGGAUUAUAUGCAUUUAACUUGUUUAGGGGUUGUUAAGAAAUUAAUUAUGUUGUGGUUAGGAAAUAUAAAAGGAUCACCCAUUUCUGUUCGUUUACAAAACCAAAAAGUACAAGAAAUAUCAGGUAAUUUGUUGUUUUUAAAAUCUUCUAUGACUUCUGAUUUUUCUAGAUUUCCCAGAGGGUUAAACGAAGUUCCUAGAUGGAAAGCCACUGAAUUUAGACUAUUUCUUCUUUAUAUUGGUCCUAUAGUCUUAAAAGAUAUUCUUAACAAUGAAUGCUAUUUACAUUUCAUGUGUUUGCAUAUUGGCUUUAGGAUUCUUCUAGUUAAAAAUAGCAGUGAUGAACUUGUUGGAUUUGUAGAAAAACUAUUGUCAUAUUUCGUUCAAAAAUUUGGUAUAAUUUACGGACAGAAAUUUAUGUCUCACAACGUACAUGGGCUUCUUCAUAUUGUUGAUGACUACAAACAAUUUGGUCCUUUAGAUGAAUCAUCUUGUUUUCCUUUUGAAAACUAUAUGAAGUCCCUAAAAAAAAUGGUUCGUAAACAUCAAAAACCUUUGGAACAAGUCAUUAAGCGAUACCAAGAACUUCUUGAGUUUAGUAAUAAACCUCCUAUAUCUAAUUUAUUACCUCAUAAUUCUAUUGAGUAUAAGAAACCUCAUAAUAAUGGGCCGAUAUUGGGCAAUGUUACUUCACAAUUCCAAAUUGUCAUCGUCAAUUAUGAUGUUAAAAUUAAAACUAACUCAAUUACAGAUUGUUUUAUUGGCUUUUCAAAAGAAGGGAUAUUGCAUAUUUAUAAAGUCUUAAAUAUUUGUUGUAAUCAUAUAACAGGAUUAAAUUUUUUUGUCGCCAAGGAAUUCAAUAAUAUUGAACCGUUUUAUGACAAACCGAUAAAUAGUUUAAAACUGGGAGUAGCAUAUGUUUCAAAUUUAUCAGAAAAUAUUGUACCUAUUACUAUUAGUCACUCGUUUCAAAAAUAUAUAGUUUUCAAUUUUCAUAAUAAUAAGCAAAUUGCGUUACCAAUCCUACAUUCAUUAAAUAACUAA